UUUGAACCUACCAAAGCGCAGAGCCCGCCAGCAAAAGCGAGAAGGCCUGGUGAUGGUGAAACCCUGCCUUCGACGCAGCCACCACCUGGUAGAUGAUGAAGCACCACCUGAUAGUUGAGGUGGUCAAGAGGCUUUUAGAGUGAGUGUGCAUAUCAUGCUGACAUGAAAUACUAUAUGAAAAGAUAUCGAGGACCAGUGAUGUAUACUUUCAUUUCUACUGUAGACUUUUAGUAGAUAAAAUGAGAUAGAGAUAUCUUCUACAUGAUCGACUGUUUACUUUCCCUCGUCAGAACAUAUUAGUAUCUUCACAUAUCAGGUCCGCCUUUGGUUUCUGCUGCAUAAUACCUGUCUCACCUUGCCUAUGGAGAAUUAUUCAAAAAACAUAAUGAUCAUGAGGACAAGAAUGAGAAGGUUAGGAUAGCUUACUACCACCAAGAUAAAAAAGAUAGAUCUGUGAUCGUUUCUGAUGGUGUCUUCUACUGAUCAACGAUUUGAAUUUGUUCAGUGUAGUGUCCUCUGCAAUCUAUUUUUAGCUACUCGUAAUAUAAAUCUAGUGACUAAAACUAGGCUAAAUUACAACCAUCAUGAUCUACAACUAUUGCUAUUGGGGACGGAGAGCACCAUCAUCAUGGAGCGGAUGAAUCAAUGUAAUAGUUAUUUGCGAUCGACUCUUACUGCACGAUAAGAUCAUCGAACAAUAUCAAAAAUUCGAAAAACGAUUUCAGAUGCUUCUCUCUUUGCUCAAAUUUCUAUUUCAUAGGGAGCUUGUAGAAGGGGAUCGACAAUUGAUCUUGCCGUGAUGUUCUUCUUAGGACAAGAUCAGUUCCGCGCCUUCACGACGACAGCUUCGUUAUUCAUUAUGAAUACUUGUAAUAACUGAAAGAAAAAAUGCAAUAUUAUAAAUUAUACUAAGUUCUUGUAACUAAGGUGUUUUUACUUUGAAGAUGAAUAUACAACAUGUACUAGCUACUAGACGGUGCAAUGGUGUGAAUGAACGCUCACCCCCUCAUAAGUGAGCCCACUCCUAUCCUAAAGUAAACAUCUCUUGAGGGCAGCUGGCAUGUGAGUCUGAAGUUGGUUCAGGUGGAAGAAGCGAAAUCAUGGGAAACACAGACAUCAGAACUUUUGUACAAACGUUAAUAUCAGACUGACCUCGCGUGAGCGGGCAUACUCAGUGAGGCACGACGAGCAGUGACACGGUCAUGUCGGCUGGGCUCGGGCUACCGCGCAUCGCCACUUGAUUGAUUGAUUGGCCCACCACACAGAAAAUUUCGGGACACUAAAUCUCUAUCUUUUAUUUUACCUGAAAUCAUAACCCUCCAAGAAGAUUGUCUUUGGCUUUGACCUCCACUCAGAUGUUGAGUGUGCGCAUCGCACAGCUAAGUACCUGGAGAGUUGGCCCCUGCAAGAACAAGAUCGCAUGCCAGAGACCACCUUCCUCUAACUCUAAUAACUCAAAUUCUAUUUUUAGAUAACAAGAAUUGAAAACGCUCGUGGCGGG